AUGGCGACCCGUAACCUGCUCUCUGGGCCGAUCACCCUCUCUGAAGCAAAAGCGAAGGGGUUCAACGUAAUUCACCAGCUUGAAUACCCGCACCUCCAACGAGCCUUCUUUCAGCGCCUUGAAAGCCAAAGUCACCUUAUUCGCAACCUUAUAGCCCACCACUUAGGCGUUGACGCUGCGAAUUGCGAUGUCUCUCCUCCAGAUUACUGGCGCCAUGGAUCUUUCAACGUCUGCGUACCGGCCUGUGUCGAUGCUCCUGACCCAGAGCAUCCCAAAUUCGUCAUGAUCCGAUUCCCACUACCCUACCGUGUCGGAGAGGCAACGCGUCCAGGAAACGCGGACGAAAAGCUUAGAUGUGAAGCCGCUACCUAUGCAUGGCUUCAAGAAAACUGUCCUUCGGUCCCUAUACCACAUUUAUACGGCGUAGGACUUUCCACGGGCCAGCAGUGGACCCACGUAAGCCACCUACCAUGGUGGUCACGCUUGCUCCAUGGAAUUCAGCGACGCUUUUGGACCCUGCUCGGCUAUCCAGGUCCGACCUCCUACAUCCCACAUCCCUCGAGUGCCCCGACUUCGCUCGGAUUGGGCUACUUGGUGAUUGAGACCAUAGCUGACACCGAAGGACGAAUGUUUUCGAGUUCCUGGGACGAGAAGCGAGAGGAUGACCGCUUGCAGAGAAAUCUCCAGCGAGGUCUCGCGCGAAUACUGCUCUCGUUCGCAGCCGUUCCCCUUCCCCGCAUUGGUGCGUUCCGACUUGAUGAUGCCGGGUACAUCCAUCUAGACAAUCGCCCACUCAGCACCGAACUCAUUAUGCAAGAGAAUGAAGACCUUCCCCUGAAUUUCUCACUUGACCAGACCUACGACCGUGUAGACGACUUCGUUCUUGCACAACUAGACACAUUUAGCAACAGAAUACUACACCAGCCCAAUACCGUGCCAAACGAUCUCGACGGACGAUUCGAAAUGGCAGGUCUUCUCGCAGCGCGAGCCAUCUUCCCGCAGAUGUUACGGAGAGAUCUCCGUUCCGGCCCCUUUGUCUACACUCUGACAGAUCUUCACAGAAGUAAUAUCAUUGUCGACGAUGACUGGAACAUCGUCCGCAUUAUUGACCUCGAGUUUGCCUGUUCGUGGCCUCUCGAAUUCCAGCAGCCACCCUACUGGCUUGGAGGGCAAUGCGCCGAUGAAAUUGAUCGCACUUCAUUUAGCCCUUGUUUGAAUCUCUUUAUCCAGAUUCUGGAGGAGCAGGAGGAGCUCCUUGAUACAAGGGCUCCUGAAAAGCUUUCGUCUAUCAUGCGAAACGCAUGGGCUAAUGAGACUUUCUGGCUCAGUCUCGCAAUGGGGGAUCCAAUGGUCUUUUCAACGAUCUUUUGGUAUCGCAUUUUGCCUUAUCGGCUACAACUCACAAUAGAUCACACGACGGACUUUACGCUUUUGGCGAAUCUUUGGGGGAGUCCUGACAUUUUACAGAAAAAGUUGCAGGAUCACGAUCAAUACCUGCAGGAGCUUGAUAGUAUUUUUGAGGACGACGUGGAUGUAUCGAAAUCAAAUAUGUAA